AUGCGUAGGAAUGCUGGUAACUUGAACCAAAUCGUCCAGGAAGCAGCCUCCAGAUCACGAGAUUCAACUCUCAACAGUUGUAUGAUCCAAAAUUUAGAAUUCCGCGGUGGUGCAGAAAGCUGGUUAAUAAAGGAAGAGAUGUGCACAGAAACGCUAAACGACUGGGAACAACACUACCGGGGGUUUCAGGAGUCAACAGAUCAUUUGAAUUGUGUUAGAGAGAAGCCUUUGCUUAACACCCUCGCUUCCUCAGAUUUCUACUCCACCAGUGCUGGUGGAUUGGGAGCAUCAAGUAGGGGCUACUUCAGCCAGAUUCAUCCCACUAUCAACAUCUCUAAUUUAAACCACUCGUCCCCAGCAAUUUCACGGACCUCAUCCGACAUGAGAUUCAAUGCCUCAUCAGAGCCAUUAAGCUCAUCAACACUUGGUGCAGAUUCCUGCCUUUCUUUACAUUUGCAGAACCACGUUGACCGGUCCUCGACGUAUAGCUCUAGUACUGUUGGGAAAGAGAAAGUAGGAGACAGGAUAGCGGCACUUCAGCAGCUGGUGGCUCCUUUUGGCAAGACCGACACAGCGUCAGUGCUGAUGGAGGCUAUUGGAUACAUCAAAUUCCUUCAAAGCCAAGUUGAGACGCUCAGCGUUCCAUACAUGAAGAAGUCAUCACGGAAUCAGAACAGCAGAGCGAUGCAAAGGGGUUGGGGCAAAGACGACGUCGCAGGGCAGUCGACAGAGGAAGACCUUAGAAGCCGAGGACUCUGUCUCGUCCCCUUGUCCCGCACGUCCACUGCAGUGUGGCACCCCGACAACCUGUGA